AUGGCUUUUGGGUGUCAAGUUGCAGAUUUGCAAUUGAAAUUUUACCCGGUUUCUGACAACUCGUUUUUGGCCACUGUCGGACUGACCAUGUUUGAUCCGCCUUUUUUGAUCACGGAAGGGGACGAUGCCCCAGCGCGUCAUCCUACGCUCGCGCGCCUCUGGCGCCAAGGAACCGAAUCUCGUCGAUUGAUGGAAGAAAGUCAAUCGUUUACGAUUGCGGUGGGCUUCAAAAUCCACACGAACGACAUUGUUGAUGUCGCACCUGGCAUGGCCAAACCGACUCCUGCAAAAGUGACCACCGGGAGGAAGAAGCCACCUCCAACCCCUCAGUUCACCGUCAUCGAUUCCUCCGACUUCAAUGACGGACUGGUCUUAGACUCCAAGGUCUUCAUGUACGGAAAAUCCUUGAAAGAGUUCAAAGACUUAGUUGGCAACGUUUGCGACCUGUACUUCCCCGGAAUCAAGAAGGUCGUUCUUGAAAGCGCGUUGGCACCGUUGUUGACCUGGAAUGCAACUGUUGGUUCAAAGAAAACCAAAUUGACCGAUUACAAGAAUUACCAAGACUUUGUCAACAAUCUGGGAAAGAGCCGUAGCUCGAAAGGUACCGUGAACAUUGUGUUGGAGAAACCUCAAGUUAAGGCUAAGAAGACUGCCCAGGCUACUAGUGCGGUGGCGUUCAUCAAAGGAACUGUGGACCCGAACUCGAUUGAAGGAGCCCUAGCCGCUUCGAAGGAGGAGCUCGCCGAGGCCAAAGAGGAAACCGCGCGCGAUGGUUACACCACACGGGCGAUCCCUCCUAGUACUACCGAGUACAAGAAGGAGAUGGCCAAAAACCAGAUGAAUCAUCUGGCCACCAAUGUCGACAAUCGAGUGAAGAAACGCUACCCGGUUGCCAUGCCUGCGGCCCAAGCUUCAAGCUCCCAAGCCAAGCAUCGCAACUUCUUCGCGAACCCUCCUGCCAGCGAUGUCAAGGUCAAGAUAGAAUCGGAAAGUCCUUCCGGCUCCAAACGUGCGCUGGAACGCACGUCAUCUUCUCUAACCAGCGUGACCUCCAUCAAGAAGAUCAAGCAGGAAUCUUCCUCGGGUGAUCUUGCCACCAAGCCUAUCUUGCUCCUCACUGACGAGGAUGUCCCCGAAACGGUUGUAUACGCUUCCGACUCUGAUGUCGAGUACGUGGUGACCCAUUCGACACUUUUGGACGACUUUCUCUCUGCUUGCGAAGUCCCUCGCAACGAUCUUGCCACUCGUAAGAUCCUCCGUAAGGCUAAUGUGGUGUCCUGGACCGACCUGGUCCCCAGCGUCCAAAUGACAGCUAAUGUCCUGACUGGCCAUGGGAUGCCAUUCUACAUGGCUCAACGCCUCCUCACUUCUGCCGCGGAGGCUCAUGCCCAGCAAGAAUCUUCAACCCCCGCCGAGUGA